AUGUCGAAGCGAAAGCUCAAUGCGCACGACGUCCCAGAGGCUUCUGAGCCGUCUUCGCCCUCCGCAACACCGACGAAGAACGAUGAUACCCAAGAACAGACCGAGAAGCCCACGUUUUCGUCCUUCGGCCUGGAGCCCCGCCUGCUCCAGGGCAUUCGAAACCAGAAAUGGUCCGCGCCAACAACCGUACAAGAGAAGGUUGUACCGUUAGCACUGGAGGGAAAAGACAUCUUGGCUAGGUCUGGCACCGGCACCGGCAAGACGGCGGCGUACCUGCUUCCUAUACUUGACAAAAUACUUCGUCGCACAGAAAAGCGCGUUACGUCGUCCCUCAUACUCGUUCCGACGAAAGAGCUCGCUCUGCAAGUUUCGAGACUGGCUGUAAGGCUCGCCGCCUACUGUGGUCAAGAUGUGCGAGUCCAGAAUCUGGCGGGCAAAGAAUCAGACGCCGUCCAGCGGGCCAAGCUUGCCGAGCUUCCUGACAUUGUGGUAGCAACACCCGCACGGGCGGCUGCGAACAUUGGAGCGCUAUCAUUGAAGUCCCUGGCCACACUCGUCGUCGAUGAAGCCGAUCUGAUAUUCGGAUACGGGUUCAAGGACGACCUGGAAAUUGUGUCGCAGAACAUGCCCAAGGGUGUCCAGAUUUUCCUCAUGAGCGCAACACUCAGUACCGAUGUCGAAGCCGUACAAGCACUUUUCUGCCGAGACCCGGUCAUACUGAAAUUGGACGACCUUGAGAAGGACGCGCAAUUGGUUAAGCAAUAUGUCAUUCCAUGUGCCGAGCAAGACAAGUUCCUGCUGGCAUACUCUCUAUUCAAGUUGCAGCUUAUUCGAGGGAAGACGAUCGUUUUCGUCGGAGACACCGAUCGCAGUUACCGGCUAAAGCUAUUCCUCGAGCAGUUCGCAAUCAAGAGCUGUGUGCUCAACAGCGAACUCCCUCUCGCAUCGCGGCUUCAUAUCGUGGAAGAGUUCAACAAGAACAUAUACAACAUUCUGAUCACUUCGGAUGAUACCGAGCUGGUAGGCUCGAUCACCAAAGAUUCGGAAUCAGAAUCUCGCCCGCGGAAGAAGAAAGCCAAGCUCGAAGGCGGCAAGACGGACUCUGGAGUCUCGCGCGGCAUUGAUUUCCGUGACGUUAGCUGCGUAGUCAACUUCGAUUUGCCGACAACAUAUCGCGCAUAUUUCCACAGGAUAGGCAGGACGGCCCGCGCCGGCAAGAGCGGUACCGCGAUCUCCUUCAUGAUACCCAAGGACCAGUACCGCAAGCACAAGAGCACCACCUUCGCUGGCUCCGAAAACGACGAAGAGAUCCUGAAGAAGAUUGACAAGCACCAGCAACCAGGCCAGAAAAUAGAAGACUGGACUUUCGACAUGAAGAGGCUGGAGCCGUUCCGUUAUCGCUUUGCAGACGCGCUGAGGGCCGUGACAAGGAUCGCCGUGCGCGAGGCGCGCAUCAAGGAAAUCCGCAUGGAGCUUACAAAGUCCCAAAAGCUGUCUAGAUACUUUGAGGAGAACCCAGAGGAAUUGGAGCACCUCAGGCAUGAUCAGACUUUGAACCACCCGGCGCGCAUUCAGCCGCAUCUUAAGCAUGUACCCGAUUACCUACUUCCCGGUGGAAAGAAACCGCAGGACAUCGGCUUCGUGGCCUUGGACAAACCGAAGAGGAGAUUCGUGAAGGGCAAGGGGAAGAAGGUGGUGCGCGGCAGGAAUGGCAAAAUUGAUCCGCUGAAGACGUUUAACGCGAGGGGCAAGGGGAAGAAAUAG